CAUGGGGGGCACUCCUCACACAGAGCCCUUCAGCCCAGCCCCUUACAGAUUGGACCCUCGAGAGCAAGGCCCUGAUGCAAGAGAUGGGCACCUGGCUGCUGAUCUGCACCUGCAUCUGUGCCUGGGUCGGCCCGGGAGGGUCUGUCCCAGGGGAAGGAGGAGGGCUGGGGGCUGGAACUUUCACCUGUCACUCCAACAACAUCCUCAGGAUUGACUGCCGCUGGUCUGCCCCAGAGCUGGGCCAGGCUGCCGAGCCCUGGCUCCUCUUCACCAGCAACCACGUGCCAGGCAGCAAGCACAGGUGUGUCUUCCGGGCCAGUGUGUGCACUGUGCUGCUGCCCCCUGAGGAGGUGCUCGUGCCUUCUGACAACUUCAGCAUCACUUUCCACCGUCACAUCUCUGGGAAGGAGCAGGUCAGCCUGGUGGACCCACAGUACCUGCCCCGGAGACAUGUGAAGCUGGAUCCUCCCUCUGACUUGCAGAGCAAUGUCAGCUCUGACCACUGUGUCCUGACUUGGAGCAUCAGUCCUGCCUUGGAGCCGCUGACCUCGCUCCUUAGCUACGAGCUGGCCUUCAAGAGGCAGGAAGAGGCCUGGGAGCGGGCUCAGCACAAGGGUCACAUUGUCGGGGUGACCCGGCUUGACCUGGAAGCCGUCGAGUUGGACCCUGGUUCCACCUAUGAGGCCAGGCUGCGUGUCCAGAUGGCCACCGCGGAGGGCGAGGUGGUGGAGGAAGAGCGUUAUGAGGGCCAGUGGAGCGAAUGGAGCCAGCCCGUGUGCUUCCCCUCUCCCCAGAGACGAGGUCCCCCGACCCCAGCUUUGGGGCAGCCUGACAGCACCCUCGUUGUUGUGUGCAUCUUCCUGCUGCUGACCAGCCUGACCUACCUGCUCUUCAAGCUUUCACCCAGGAUGAAGACAACCUUGUACCGGGACGUGCCCUCCCCGGGGCCGUUCUUCCAGCCUCUCUACAAUGUGCACAACGGGAACUUCCAGACCUGGAUAGGGGCCCAGAGAGCCAGUCUACAGCCGAGCCAGGACCAUGCCGGGACCCCACGAGGAGCCUUGGAGUCCGGUGUCCGGGAGGCCAUUGCUUUGCUCACCUAUGACCCAGCGGAUGCCGGGCAGUCAGGGGGCCUGGAAGAGGAGGAGGAGGCCAGCACCGGCCUCCCAGCAUAUGUGUUGCCAGCAGGGCGUAUGGAGUGGGGAGGGCAGCCGCCCGCCUACCUGCCGCAGGAGGACUGGGUCCCUGCAAGCCCUACCAGGCCAGCUCUCCCACGGCCCGAGGACAGUAGCAGCGACUACUGUGCCCUGGGCUGCUACGGGGGUGGCUACCCCUUGGCCUUCACAGGAAGCACACAGAGCUCGGAGCCUAGCCUGGCCUGGGCCUGUGGGCUUUCCUGUGACCAGCAGAGCCUGGAUGCCCGGCCAGGAGGCAGCUGUGUGGGCAUUAGUCACAAUCAGAGGCAGGAUGCUGGUGAACAGGCCAUAUGAGGCCCUCCUCCCCUUGGCAGACAGUCCCCACAGCGCUGCAGCAGGAACACGGACUGAAGUCGCCGGAGCUGACCCUGGACUGGCACUGGACCUCUGGUCGGGGGCCACCUACACAGUGGUCACACAUCCGGUCUGGAUGGAGGAAGGAGGGCUCUCCCCUCUCUGCCUCUCCGCGCGUGGGGCUCUGCUCUCAGCAUCCUGCCAACCAGGCCCCCAGCCCACCACUUCCCUCCUUAUUUCCUGGCUUAACCCCAGGCCCCUCUGAGAAGACGGGUGUCUGUGCCACAGCCUGUUCUUCCAUUCCCUCCUUAAAGGGCCAGCCUGGGCCAGUGGACACAGGUGGCAUGCUGUGACCAGACCAAGUGUCAUCUCUCUGUGUCUUCCUGAGGUACCUCCCCUACUGAGAUGUUCCAGAUUAAUGGCUAGGGGAGGGCCUUGGAGGACGUGUUGUGGGGGGGACAGUGUCUGGCUAUUCCUGGGUUUUCUCGGCUCCAGGAAUAGCAGGAGGGGAGGCCUCCUGCUCCUCCUUGUCCUCAUCCUCCCGUGGGUCCCAGGAGGCUGAGAGCUGUGGCCAGAGCUCCCAGUCAGGGCCAGAAGUGACUACCCAGCAGUGGCCUUGUUCAGUGAAGGGCCCUGCCGCCACCCAGCACCCCAUGGUCUGGAUAGAAGAGGGACAGAGCAGAGGGCGCCUGUAUCUGUCUCCUGUGGCGGCCAUAACAACGUAACCACAAACUAGCUGGCUGAGAACAAUAGAAAUUUGUCACCUCUGCACUGCUCCAGUCCUGACAAGGCGUCUUCUGCGUGUGUGUGUGUGUGUGUGUGUGUGGAUCCCUCCUUUUUAUAGAAACACAUAGUAGAUGGGGGCUGACCUGAUGACUUACUUUAUCUUGACUUGAUCAUCUGCAAAGACCCUGUUUCCAUGUAAGGUCAUUUUCAUGUGGACUAAGGGUUUAGACCUCAGCAUAUGAAUUUCUGGGGAGCACAGUUCAACUCAACAGUGUCCCUGCCUCUGCCAGCCCUUCUGGCUAGCCCAAGGGACUGUGGCCCCUCCCGUGGCAACCCCAUCACCCUUGCUGAGGGCCCCAGGCAGAAGGUCCUCUCCCUCUGGCUGCCGGACUUGAGCCUGGUAUGGGGGUCACCGCCCAGUGAGGGCUGGCAUGAGCUUGUUCUGGGGUUGGAGGUGAUGACACUUGGAAGACAGGAUGCAAUGGAGGCCUCUCUCUCUCUGGGUGCUGAGCCAGAGAGGGUACUUCUUUGGAGGGGCUCCAGGGUCCCCUGUGGCCUGGGCAGAAUGGGACUUACAGCCCCAGGCCCCCAAAGGCAAUGGUCUCUUCUGGCUCAAAUAGGCAUCCCCUCCCCUCUGCGUGGCUGCGGAGCCCUGAGGUUUGGUGGGGAGCCUCAGCAGAGCCGGGUCCUGGUCAGCAAGGACGAGUAGGACCCAGAAUGUAUCUUUAUUACCCAGAGAGUGGGGGGGUGUGGACGGAAGUGAGGCACAGGCAUCCUCAGCUCUAACCAAGUGUAAAAAUACUAAGCGUGGGUCCACUUCCUGAAGCCGCGCCUGGGAGCCCCCCGGCUGGUGUAUUUAUAACAGCAUCUGCCUCCUAUCUCUUCAUGUGGGGCCUGCGUCCCCUGUGGGAUCAGACAGCUGGGACACCUCUUCUGUGUGGCCAGGGACCCUGUUCACUUGAUUCACACACUUUGUCCUGGGGGCAUCUGAGUGUGACGCCACUUAGAGGCUGUGUGACUGUGGGUGACCACGCUGCCCCUCAGUACGCGGGACCUCCUCAAGUGUCUGUGAGUUCCUCUAGGCCAGAAGCCUGCACACCGCGCUGCUCGGAAGACACUAACUUCCCCCUAAUCAGAUGGGGCAACCCUCGGAAACCGUGCGCUGAGAUCUGGUUUAAGGCAGAGCAAGGUUCGAAAGACCCUGUGAGUCCUGGUGAGGGGGCUGCUCAUUGCUGGGCAUCGAGGAAGAAGUCAGAGAGAAGGGGCCUGGGGGUCGACUUAGGGAGCUGCUGGUGGAGAGGAAUGGAGUGGACCGUGUGGCUGGCCAGGCCCCAGGCAGCGGCUGGCUGGAGGGAGGCCUUAGGGCCAGGUUGAGGGAGGGUGAGGGACGGGAACUCACCCCAGUCAGGGCAUGCUUUCUUUUCUUUGGUUUCAAUGAGGUCAGAUUCACAUAAUACAAAUUAACUAUAUCUGAAUUGUAUGAUUUGGUGACAUUUAGUAUGUGAAUGACAUUUGAAACCAGCACCUCUGUCUAGUUCCAAGACAUCCUCAGUCUCCAGAAGGAGACCCUGCCCCUCCCACCCUCCUUCUGUCCUCGGUGACCACUGGUCUGCUUUGUCUCUGGAUUUACCACUUGUGGACGUUUGAUAGAAGUGGAAUCACACAGUACGUGGCCUACCGUGUUCAUUUUUUUUCUCUUAACGUAGUGUUUUUGAGGCUCAUCCACAUUGUAGUGUCAGUGCCUCAGUUCUUUUUUGUGGCUGAAUUAUUACCCCAGUGUGUGGAUGGACUACGUUCUGUUUAUCCAUUCAUCUUGAGGUGGAUGUUUGGGUUAUUUCCACCUUUUCACUUGUUCUUCUUUUUAACAUUUUUAUUGAUUUAUAAUCAUUUUACAAUGUUGUGUCAA